GAAAUUCCGCCAUUUUAGUUCAAGUGCACGGAUCUUGUCCCUUUUCUUCAACCCACAUUCCAUUAUUUUCUUCUUUUUUCAUAACUACAAAUCUUGAACUUCAAUCAGGUGGGUUUUUUGAAUGUUGAUGUUAUUUUUGGAUAUGAGAUAUUGAAAGUUUUCGAAAAAAGAUGAAAGAGAGGUCAGCUGGCUUGAUAAUUGGGGUUUCGAUAGGGGUGGUGAUCGGGGCGAUGUUGGCCUUAGUUGGGUUACUUUGUUUUAGGUAUCAUCGUAAGAAACCGCAGAUAGGGAAUAGUAGUUCUAGGAGAGCAGCAAUGAUUCCCAUACGUGCGAAUGGUGUUGAUACGUGUACUAUAUUGUCUGAUUCGUCUAUGGGUACUGAGUCGUCAAGAACGUCUGCACAGAAUGGGGCGGGGUUUUGGUUUGGUGGAAUGAAGAAGGGCCAUGUGAUUGCUGCUUCUGGAAUUCUCGAGUAUUCUUACAAAGAUUUGCAAAAAGCAACCUACAAUUUCACUUCCGUGAUAGGCCAAGGGGCAUUUGGCCCUGUUUAUAAAGCUCAGAUGACUGCUGGUGAUGCAGUUGCUGUAAAAGUUCUUGCAACUGAUUCAAAACAAGGGGAAAAGGAGUUCCAAACAGAGGUUAUGUUAUUGGGAAGAUUACAUCACAGGAACCUUGUGAAUUUGGUAGGAUAUUGUGCAGAAAAGGGACAACAUAUGCUCAUUUAUGUCUACAUGGCUAAAGGCAGUCUAUAUUCUCAUUUAUACAGCGAAAGUCAUGAAUUGUUAAGCUGGGAUUUGAGGGUUCAAAUAGCUUUGGAUGUAGCUAGGGGAUUGGAAUAUCUCCAUGAUGGAGCUGUUCCUCCAGUCAUACACCGCGACAUCAAAUCUUCUAACAUUCUGUUGGAUCACUCAAUGAGAGCGAGGGUAGCUGAUUUUGGACUUUCUAGGGAGGAUAUGAUAAAUAGAAAUGCCUCAAAUGUACAGGGAACUUUUGGAUAUCUUGAUCCUGAAUAUAUAUCAACAAGGGCUUUCACCAAGAAAAGUGACGUUUACAGCUUUGGAGUUCUAUUAUUUGAGCUUGUUGCAGGAAGGAACCCCCAGCAGGGUCUCAUGGAAUAUAUUGAGCUUGCUGCAAUGAAUACCGAGGGAAAAAAUGGAUGGGAAGAAAUAGUAGAUUCCCGUCUAGAAAGAAACUUUGACGAGCGCGAACUGAACGAUGUGGCAACUCUUGCAUACAAAUGCAUCAGUCGUAACCCAAGAAAAAGACCAUCAAUGAGAGACAUUGUGCAAGCACUAUCUCGUAUUCUUAUGAUGAGACCCAACCAAAAGCAUCACAGACGUGAUUCAUCUGCUGCAGCUGACGAGGUUGCCUUAAAUAUAGAUCAACUAGGUCGCAGAAGUCCCAUGAACAGUGAACAUCGGAGGCUUGAGUCUUUUGAUAGCACUGCUGACUCGUGUGAAGCUUAAUAUGACCUCUACCUUUUUUUAACCAGUUUGUUCAUUUGGUUUGUUUGCCUUGUUUUUGUAAUAUAUUUGGCAGUUCACAUAUAGGAAUUCUUCGGUGUAUAGAUUAGGUUUUGGUGUUUGCUCUUGAGUGUGGAAAUUAGGUUUUAACCCGAGUGCAUUUUUUUAUUGUAAAAAAUGGUUGUGGAUCCUGUUAAUGGUUCAAUUUUGUAUAGUAACGAAUAGAAGAAUGAAGAAAAUGGAGUCUAAUUUGAUUUGAA